AUGUUUCCCAAAAAACAUUUAUCUGGGUCUGAAAAAAGAAAAAGAAAAAAACGUGAUGAAGAAAAUAAGAAAUCACAGCAAGGUGCUCUUCACAAUUUUGUUGUUGAAGUAGUGAAUUCUCAUGGAAAUUCAAAUGAGAAUGAAAAUGAGCAUAAAAAUGUUACUAAUAAUGAAAAUAUGCAUAAUAAUAUAAGUGAUAAUGUUAAUAUGCAAACUAGUGUAACAGGGAAUGGAAAUGGGAUUAAUGAUGGUGAGAAUGAAAAUAUGUAUAAUGAUGUCAGGGAAGAUGAAAAUUUGUUUAAUGAUGUCGAUGAGAAUUAUGAUUUACAUAAUGAUACUAGUGAGAAUGAUGAUAUGAAUGACACAAAUGAGCCAAAUGAUGUUCAAAAUGCUCCUAACUAUGAAAAUUUUUGCAUUGAUUUUUGUGAUCCUAAAAAUUGGGAGAGCCUUAAUAAUAAUGUAAUUUUUCUUAGAAAUAGGAAAGGAUUUGUUCGCCUGGCUUUGGAGAAGGGUUGUCCUUUGGUUCCUGUGUUCAGCUUUGGUCAGUCAAAGGUCUAUAAGUGGUGGAAGCCUAGUGGAAAGUUGUUCUUGCAAAUCGCCAGAGCUUUGAGGUUCACCCCUGUAUUUUUUUGGGGAGUUUUUGGUGUUGAUCAACACGGGAGUCGAUUUAUUCAACAAAAACUAGAAAACUGUAGCAUUGAGGACAAGGCAUCUGUGUUUCAAGAAGUUCUCCCUCAUGCUUCCAAAUUGAUGAAGGAUGUUUUUGGAAAUUAUGUUAUUCAAAAGUUCUUUGAGUAUGGAACCCCUGAUCAGAGGAGGGACCUAGCUAAGGCACUUGCAGGUGAGAUCUUGCCACUGAGCCUGCAGAUGUAUGGUUGUCGUGUCAUCCAAAAGGUACUCGAAAAUAAUAAAGGUCCAACAGAUCAAGAACAGGAGGACACUACCUGA